UCUCACUAUCAGCAAUUAAAACAAAAAUAGAGCCACAAUGGUAAAAGACAAAACCACCGUCAUCGAAAUUCAACGACCUGGUCAACAUGACCCCAUCGAACUCCGCGCCUGGCUCGCGGAAGAACAAUCCCAGUCCUCAGGCUGGAGGGGUGCGUCCUCGACCGGCGAGACGGUCGGUCACGAGAGCGGACGCAGAAUCGUGGAUAUCCUCGAACAUAACCCGUCCAAGGACCCGUCCGGGUACUCGGACGAGGAUCUAGAGCAUAUGCGCAGGGUGGUCUCGUACUGUAAGCGGCAUCUGGCGCAGGAGGAGCAUGCGAAGCGGGAUACCGGGAGUAGGAGUUACAGGUCGUUGAAGAAUUGGGGGCAUGAUGCGCUGAAGGAGUGAGCCGGUUGAUUCUUUAAAUGGCAAUUUGUUUGGCGCGGUUGUAUAUGGAGACUUGGGUUGGGCUGCAGGACCGUGCCGUUUUUACUUGUAUGAUCUUUUCGAUUUUUGGCCCG